CCAGGAGCUGUGUUUUAUUUUGGGACGUUAACGUGGAGUGGAAGGAUCAGCUGAUCACAGCCGCUUCUUGACUCCACUUGUUUUGUUUGUAAUUGUUUGUUUUUGUUUUUAUUGUUAGAUUUUGUUUAUUUAUCUGUUUUUGGAGGAAUGUGAGUCUCGGGCUCUGCGGCUCCUUCAGGACUCGGACCCGGGCUCAGGAUGCUGGUUCUGGUUCUCCUCAGUCUCGGUCUGAACCUCCACACAUGCCGGCCUUUUCCCAACCAGCUGCCCGACCUCGGGCUUCAUGCGCCCGGUCAGAUCCCGCUCGCCGACCCGCUGCAGGACUACGAGCGUCUGGAUGCGGAGCUGGCGGGAGACGGCGGUAACGGGACCGGGUCGGUGGAGGGCUGCGGGCCGUGUGAGCUGGACCUGUGCCCGGAGACUCGAGGCUGCCGGGCCGGUUUGGUGCGGGACUCCUGCGGCUGCUGCGAGGAGUGCGGGAACCUGGAGGGACAGGCCUGCGACCCGGGGGACCGGAGCGUGUUCUACGGGCUGUGCGGGACCGGGAUGCGGUGCGCGGCGGAUCCGGGUCCCGCACGAGGAGGUGGAGGAGGAAGAGGAGGAGGUGAUGAGGAGGAGGAGGAGGAGGUGUGUAUCUGUGAGGACCAGGAGGUGGUCUGUGGUUCUGAUGGAUCCACCUACAUCAACAUGUGUCAGUUCAGAGAGGCCGCAUUCAGCGAACCGAGCCUGGAACCCAGAGGGAGGAGCCCCUGCAGGACAGUCCCGGUCAUUAAGGUCCCCCCUCAGAACCAGGUCCAGGGGACCGGCAGUAGUCUGGUCUUUCUCUGUGAGGUCUUUGCGUUUCCGAUGGCGUUGGUCGAGUGGAGGAAGGACGGACAAGAUGUUGUCCUACCGGGGGACGACCCACACAUCUCUGUCCAGUCUCGGGGUGGUCCUCUGAAAUUCGAGCUGUCCAGUUGGCUGCAGAUUGAGGGGGCGGAGCCUGGGGACUCAGGGACCUAUCGCUGCAUCGCCCACAACAACCUGGGGUCUGUCUCUGCCUCUGCUGUCCUGGACGUCCUGGGAGCAGAGGACCUGGCGUCCUACCUGUCCAACAGUGUGUCUGAGAUGAAGCAGCUGAUGGAUGCCACCGACUAUGACGAGGACUUCUACUGAUCGUCACUUCAGAGGACUCACCACUAUGCUAAUGUGCUAAUUUGCUAAUAUGCUAUUACAUUAUUAUUCUGUGUACCCCUACGUUUCUCUGACAUGAAGACGCAACAUGUUGAACAUGUUGUUAAUAAAUGUUGUUAAUAAAAA